UCUACUUCCCAUCAUCUAAUGUCAUCUCAACCUUUUUUAUCCGAGACCGCACAAAGUCAACUUGGGGCUGCUGCUACAGCUAUCGGAAGUGAUCCCCGAUUCUCUUUUCUUACCAAGUUGCGCGAAGGAAGACUUGCCAACUUGCGUCCGUUGGGUGACUUUUUUGACAAGAACAGAAUUUCGUUUACCUCUUCAUUUCAAACCAUUAGUCAGCGUUGGAACUACAACUUGCAAUACUUUUCAGCAAACUACUUUGUGAUAAUCUUGGGUCUGGCUAUCUAUGCCAUUAUUACCAACUGGCUUCUGCUGUUCACUAUUGGAUUCAUCUUUGGUGGUUUCUAUUUGAUUUCUCGUAUGAAUGGACCUGUGACAAUUGCUGGCAAUACAAUUUCAGCUUCUAGCCUGUAUGCAUUCUAUGCAGGAGCCUCCUUUCUUUUAUUACUCUUCUCUGGCGCAACAGGCGCUAUCUUUUGGAUUAUUGGUGCCGCUGCAAUGAUUGUUUUGGGCCAUGCUGCUAUACUUGAGCCUGGAAUUGAAGGUGAUUUUGCUGAUGGACAGGUCUAAAAAAAAGAGAGCGUAAUGGCAGGUUGUACAGAAAAUAAUAAUAAUAAUAAUAUAUAUAUAUAUAUAACAUAUAUACAAAAUAUACAAAAUUUAUAAAUAUAAAUAUAAAUAUAAAUAC